GUCUGCGUGUACAUUCACACACCCACUCUCAUGUAAAUACAGUGCACAGCUCGCGAUGAUACGGGAUAUUUUUGUCUCCACUAAUUGUUUAACACCACAGAGACUUUGAGACUGCGGAAGCAAACACAGCGAGGUUUAACAGGUUGGAGAGGAUGGAGGAAGAUUUGUCACAGGCUUUGAAUUCUGUCAGUCUGGAGCAGAAAGACAGCAAGAUGGACACUUUUGGGCUGUACGUCGUCACGUGGAAUGUGGCCACAGCCGAGCCUCCUGACGAUGUGGACUCUCUGCUUCAGCUGAGCUCCCCAAAGAAACCCGACCUCUAUGUGAUCGGGCUGCAGGAGGUGAAGGCUGCCCCUCUGAAGUUUGUCACAGAUUUGGCUUUCGAAGACUCCUGGAGUCACCUCUUCAUGAACACGCUCGCUCCUUUGGGUUAUAUCAAGGUGUCCUCCAUACGGAUGCAGGGUCUACUCUUGCUUUUCUUUUCCAAGCUGGAGCAUGUCCCAUUUAUCAGAGACAUUCAGGUCACUUACACCCGCACAGGACUCUACGGCUACUGGGGUAACAAAGGAGGCGUGUCCAUCCGUUUGUCCUUCUACGGUCACAUGCUUUGCUUCCUGAACUGUCACCUGACCGCCCACAUGAACUACGCCUCCCAGAGGGUGGAUGAGUUUGAGUAUAUUCUAGAUGCUCAGACAUUUGACACCAAAAACACACCACGCAUUUUGGACCACAAGGUGGUGCUCUGGUUUGGGGAUUUGAAUUUUCGUAUCGAGGACCACGGGAUGCUCUUUGUAAGGAACUGCAUCACCAGCCAGCGUUAUAAUCUACUUUGGCCUAAAGAUCAGCUCACCAUGAUGAAGCAGAAGGAAGCUGCUUUGCAGAAGUUUGAAGAAGGACCUCUAGAUUUUCAACCCACCUAUAAAUUUGACUUGCACUCAGACAACUAUGACUCAAGGGAACAGAAGACAUGGUUUGGUUUUAAUGGUAAGAAACGCAAACCUGCAUGGUGCGAUAGGAUUCUCUGGAGGGUGAAGCCCAAAGAGGAAGGUAAUGAAGACGGUCAAAAUCAAGAGGAGACAAAUAAACACAAGCAAGAGGAGUUCCCUCUAAAACUGAGCCAGGAGUUUUACACGAGUAAAAUGGAGUAUGGCAUUAGCGACCAUAAGCCUGUCAUCGGCAUCUUUCGCUUGGAGUUGAGAAAGAUGUACAAGACGCCAUUGGUGCAGGUGAGCGCUGAAGGAGAGUGGAGUGCCGACUUUGACGCCCUCAUAACCUACAGUCUUCUUCAGUCCUUUCCCUCCAGUGCAUGGGACUGGAUCGGUUUAUAUAAGGUUGGUUUUAAAAGCGUGUCAGACUAUAUCACGUACACCUGGGUGAAGGAUGACCAGGUGUCUUUCAGUGAUGAGCUCUUUCAGGUUUACGUGAAUAAAGAUGAAAUUCCAGUUCUUGGGGGCGAAUGUGUACUGUGCUAUUACAGCAGCAACUUGCAGUGCAUUGUGGGUAUUAGUCAACCUUUUAAGGUGCAGGAAUCCAGAGCGGCGAUUGAAGAGGGUUUAGUGCCUGAAAAUAUCAACGGACUAGAUGAAAUGCUAGCCAGUUAAGACCAAGGUUAAAGUGCACAUUGUUUCAUACGCUGUUGAGCAACAGCUCGGAUAUCAAACCAAACAUACCUGCGAAUUCAAGCAAGUGCAAUUUUAAUCCAAAACUGAUUUGAGGUUUUACUGCUAUGUGAUACGGUAUCUACAGUGUGUCUUUUUUUUUUUUUUUUUUCAAGAAAAAAUAUCACAGCCAGUAUGUUUUAAAUUGCAGCCAGUUGGUGGGACCAUGCCUAAACAGAUUGUGGUAUUUUAAGUAAGCACAUUUAAAUUUGUACUGUAAUUAUUGAAAUUGAUUUAAAAAGUCUUUCAAAAUCAGAUGUUAUGAUUUCAUUAAUUGAAUGAAAAAAAAUUCAGACCACAGCCUUACUACUACCACAUUCUCUCAAGACAUUUAGUAUGCACUUAUCUUGUAACAUUUUUUCAAACAAAAUGUUUUAUUAUUCUACUGUACAUCACAAUUUCAGUCUUUAUGGUUACUGCUAAUGUUAUCCUUGUUUUUUCAUUCCGUUCAAACUUAUUUCAGACUGUUACACUGUAAGAACAGGCUGCUUUUGCACAAUUUAAAUACUAGUACUUUUACGGCACAUGUUUAAUUUAUGUGGAUCUAUUUAUAUCUAUAACUCAAACCGAAGUGGUAUUAUUAUAUUAUUUGUGUCUCACUGAAAUUGAGUGUGAAUAACUGAAGGAUGUGCAGAAAUGAUAUAGUUUGACCAAUUGUAUUUUUUUGUGGUCAGUACAAUUUAAUACUUUCAUGUUUACUCUUUUUGCUUAAGAAUGUGUUUUUGUUUUAAUAUUAGACUAAAGCUAAUGGACAAAUAGAACAUAUUUGUAUCAAAUUCUAUUGUAUAAAAGGUAAAAUGACUGUAAAACAAAAUUUCUCUGUAAAGGAAGAGCUUUAUUUUCUAAACAACUACAAAUGCUUACUGAUGACAUUAAAUAAAUG